AUGGCGAUCCAGAAGAAGCACGGAAAAGGACGUUUAGACAAGUGGUACAGGCUUGCCAAGGAGAAGGGAUACCGUGCCAGAGCUGCGUUCAAGCUGAUCCAGCUGAACAAGAAGUAUGGCUUUUUGGAGAAGAGCAAGGUCGUCGUCGAUCUUUGCGCCGCGCCCGGUUCGUGGUGUCAGGUCGCAGCGGAAACAUGCCCAGUCGGCGCCCUGAUCGUGGGUGUUGAUCUCUCCCCCAUAAAGCCCAUCCCCAAGGUCAUCACCUUCCAGAGCGAUAUCACGACUGAUAAGUGCCGAGCAACGAUCCGCUCGCACCUCAAGACGUGGAAGGCGGACUGCGUGCUCCACGAUGGUGCGCCCAACGUCGGUACGGCCUGGAACCAGGAUUCGUUCAACCAGGCCGAGCUGGUGCUGCAGUCGAUGAAGCUGGCGACCGAGUUCCUUGUCGAGGGCGGCACUUUUGUCACAAAGGUUUUCCGGUCCAAGGAUUACAACCCGCUGCUGUGGGUCUUCAAUCAGCUCUUCACAAAGGUCGAGGCGACCAAGCCCCCGUCGUCGAGAAACGUGUCGGCCGAGAUCUUCGUCGUCUGCAAAGGAUACAAGGCGCCAAAGCGCAUCGACCCCCGCUUCCUCGACCCCCGUGCUGUCUUUGCCGAGCUCAAGGACGCGACCCCGAACAACGAGGCCAAGGUGUACAACCCCGAGGUGAAGAAGCGCAAGCGUGAGGGUUACGAGGAGGGCGACUACACCCAGUUCAAGGUCGUCUCGGCCAGCGAGUUCAUUCACUCGGUCGACCCCAUCGCGAUCCUCGGCCAGACCAACCAGCUGUCGUUCGAUCAGCCCCCCAACGGCGACGUGGCGCUUGCCGCGCUGGACAAGCUGCCGGAGACGACGGACGAGAUCCGGAGGAACUGCGCUGAUCUAAAGGUGCUCGGAAGGAAGGAGUUCAAGCAGCUGCUCAAAUGGCGUCUCAAGGUGCGGGAGAUCUUUGGCUUCCCGACCAAGAAGACCGUCCAGGAGAAGAAGUCUCUGCAGGACCAGGUGGGCGAGGAGGUCGCCGAGGUUGAGUCGAUGGACGAGGAGCUGCGGAUCCAGCAGGAGCUCGAGGCGCUCAAGAACAAGGACGACUCCAAGAAGAAGAAGGAGAGGAGGAAAGAGAACGAGAAGAAGCAAAGGGACAUUGUGCGCAUGCAGCUCAACAUGGUCGCGCCCAUGGACAUUGGUAUGGAGCAGGCCGGACCCCUCGGCCCCGACGCCAUGUUCGCCCUCAAGACGGCCGACAAGGCCGGCGGAAUCAACAAGAUCGCCCGCGGCAAGAUGGCCAUCCUCAAGGAGAGCGAGAAAAAGGCGGAGGAGGCCGGCAUCGUGUACUCGGACUCGGAGAGCGACGUGGAGGAGGACCGCCUCGAGCGCGAGCUCGACGGCAUGUACGACCAGUUCCGGGAGCGCAAGGCGGCGGCCGACGCAAAGUGGCGCGCCAAGCGGGCCCGGGAGGAGCACGAGGACGGCGAGUGGGAGGGCGUCUCGGGCGGCGAGCAGAGCGACAGCGAUGAAGACAUGGAGGUGGAUUCGGACAGCUCGGAUGACGAGGAUGAGGAGGAGGAGGACGGCAUCAGCCGGCCUCUCGUGACAGACCUAGACAGCACAGCGGAAAACGGCAACCUGUCCAAGCGGGCGACGGCCUUCUUUGGCCAGGACAUCUUCAAGGACAUCGACAUUGGCGACGUCGACGACGAGGCGUGGGGCGUCGACGACAAGCCUCGGGAGGAGCCGAGUCGAAAGAAAAUCAAGACCGCCAAGGAGGCCGACGCUAAGAAGGCCAAGGACGACAAGACCAAGGCCAGAGAAGACAAGAAGGCUGCCAAGGAAGAGGUCAGGAAGAAGGCCGCCGAUGGGUUCGACUCGGACUCGGAAAGCGGAGACGACGCCGGCUUCGAGGUCGUCAAGAACCAGGAGGAGGACUGGGAGAACCAGGAGAAGCGUCGUCCGGAUGGCAGAUUAGACAUCGACAUCAUCACCGCUGAAGCCAUGACGCUCGCGCACCAGCUGGCGACGGGCGAGAAGACCAAGCACGACCUCGUGGACGAAGGGUUCAACAAAUACGCCCUCAAGGACCGCGACGGCCUGCCUGACUGGUUCAUCGACGACGAGACCAAGCACGACAAGCAGCAGAAGCCCAUCACCAAGGCGGCGGCGGCGGCGAUCCGCGAGAAGAUGCGCGCCUACAACGCGCGGCCGAUCAAGAAAGUGCGCGAGGCCAAGGCGCGCAAGAAGUUUAAGGCGGCGCAGCGUCUCGAAAAGCUCAAGAAGAAGUCGGACAUGCUCGCCAACGAGGAGAGCAUGACCGAGAAGGAGAAGGCCGAAAGCAUCGCCAAGAUGAUGGCCAAGGCCGGCAAGGUCAAGAGAAGGCCCAAGCCUACUCUGGUCGUCGCCAGGGGCUCCAACCGCGGUAUCCAGGGCCGUCCCAAGGGCGUCAAGGGCCGCUACACGAUUGUGGAUUCGAGAAUGAAGAAGGACCUGAGAGCGCAGAAAAGGCUAGCCAAGAAGAGGAAGUAG